CUGUCCAAAUUACCUGCACACCACUUCGUGAGCCCGUGUUGUUCUGAACUUUUAGUUCUGCUAUGUGUACAAGACCGAUGACUGAGAUGACCUUGCCCGCCAGCAUUCUCACCCUCCUGCUAUAUAGUUCGACCAAAUAUCCUUGCCGUCCGACAUUCAGGACACUGCAUGUGCUGGUGCCAACAGCACCAUCACCGCACAGUGCUGCAAUCAGGUCAACGGCACGAUGGCUAGUCAAAGCGGUCAGCAAUACUUCCUUACAAACGAGUUCGACGCUUUCCAAAAGUGCUCCACCCAGUCCGUCCGCAAAACCGGAAAGUUCAAUACGGCCACCUCCCUGAAGACCAAGGCUUUCGCCACACUUCUAGUUGCUGCAGCCGCAAUCGCUCCGACGUACGUGUCUGCUUCGUCGCUGGCGUCUCAAGUCAGUCCGGAUGCGAUCGAGCCCCCUGUUUGCAGCGGUAAGCAGAUGCUGGUCGGCGAUGGAAACCCGCAUCAGAACUUCAACUACCGUCAAGUCACUCAGAACCUCGAGUGCGGCAGCGGAGGAUGCAGCACCUCCGAACUUGACUUGCACACCUUCGGCUGGACUGCAACUGUUUCGGGUGCCGAAUUUAUCGGGUUCAGCGCUGGCGUCAGCGAGUCUUGGACCUCGGGUCAGACGUACACCUGCUCUAUCAGCGAUGGAACCGUCUGUCUUUGGGUCAAGCAGGCCAACACUGCCGUUACGAUCGGCAAGUACCAUUGUUAUGGCACCAACUGUGGAUGCCACCAGACGAGCACCUUUGUCGAGCAGCAGCCAAACAACAACAAUCAGGGUGGCGAGUAUCAGUGCAGGUACAAUAGCAACUGCACCUAUCUCGGCGACAACUAUUGGGACUACAACGGCUGCGCCGGCGGUCCCUGAAGCAGCAAAGCCCGCGACCCAUGAUGGUUCCCAUCAUAGUCGCCCAAGUGUAUUGUCAGAUCCGGAUUCUUUCGAAAUGAACUGGCCGUGGCGCAAUUGGCAUGGGCGUUCAGAAC